AUGGCGUUCAUGUCUUUUCUCGGUAGACUGCUCUUUGUCUCUGUAUUCGCUCUCUCUGCUUAUCAAGAGUUCAAUAAAUUUGGAGCCGAUGGCGGGCCAACAGCAAAGAACUUGAGGUCGAAUUUCAAUGUUUUUGAUACGAAACAUUUGAUUUUGGGCGCCAUUGCCAUGAAAGGUGUCGGUAGCCUCCUGUUUGUCUUUGGCAGCUCUCUUGGAGCUUCAAUAUUGCUUCUGUAUCAAGCAAUCUCGGCAUCCAUUUUGUACGACUUUUACAACUAUGAUGCAGACAAGAAGGAGUUCGCUCAGCUUUUUGUCGAGUUCAUGCAGAGUCUGGCAUUGAUUGGGGCCCUGCUGUUCUUCAUUGGCAUGAAGAAUUCAAAGGCCAAGAGGUUGCUAAAGAAGAAGGCUACUAAAGCCAAAACAAAUGAAUUACGAGGGUAA